GUUUUUACGCACGGGUAAAAGUUUCAACAUAGGUAGCUUGCUGUUGAAAUUUCCACUUGAAUUACCUCUACUGAAUUCCUGAGUUUAUGAUUUCCACGACAUUGACGUUUUCAAGUGAACAUUCCGCAGAGCACAGUUAUGUAAACUGCAGCGGUGAAGCUUUCUGAAACUUUCUUUCAUUUCUUUACGUUGUGCGCGGGAUCUUUAUCUUUGCUGUGUAAUGAUUUAGGCUUAGAUCCAGCGGUUUAGUGUGACUUUCGGUUUUAAACAGCAAAAUGGAUCCUUUAUUCAAUUCCACCGAUGUGCCAAACUGGACCACCAGCUACAACGACACCAAUAACGGGACUGUAUACUGGAACCAGUUUGUGCAGCCAGUCUGGAGAAUCGUCCUCUGGGCCAUUGCGUACAGUUGUAUAGUUAUUGUGUCCGUUGUAGGUAACAUUACUGUGAUCUGGAUUAUUAUAGCGCAUAAGCGCAUGAGGACCGUCACCAACUAUUUUCUGCUGAACCUGGCGUUCGCCGAAGCCUCCAUGUCCGCCUUCAACACGGUCAUCAACUUCACCUACGCCGUACACAACGAGUGGUACUUCGGACUGGUCUACUGCCGCUUCCACAACUUCUUUCCGAUCGCGGCUGUCUUCGCGAGCAUCUACUCCAUGACUGCCAUCGCUCUGGACAGGUACAUGGCCAUCAUCCACCCUCUGCAGCAGCGCAUGUCGUCCACUGAGACCAAAGUGGUGGUGGGAGUGAUCUGGGUGCUGGCUCUGCUGCUGGCCUUCCCUCAGUACUACUACUCUGACACGGACGAGCUCCCCGGUCGAGUGGUGUGCUACAUUGACUGGCCCGAGUACACCGUGUGCGACUUCAAAAAGAUGUACUAUGUGUGUGUGGCCAUCCUGAUCUACUUCCUUCCUCUGCUGGUGAUGGGUUGUGCUUAUCUGGUGGUGGGACUGACCCUGUGGGCCAGUGAGAUCCCUGGAGACUCUUCUGAUCGCUACAAGGAGCAGCUGACCGCCAAACGCAAGGUGGUGAAGAUGAUGAUCGUGGUGGUGUGUACGUUUGCCAUCUGCUGGCUGCCCUACCAUGUUUACUUCCUGCUGCACCAGUUCUUCCCUGACAUGUUUGAGGAAACGUUCAUCCAGCAGGUCUACCUGGCCAUCAUGUGGCUGGCCAUGAGCUCCACCAUGUACAACCCCAUCAUCUACUGCUGCCUCAACGACAGGUUUCGUGCUGGUUUUAAACAAGCCUUCCGCUGUUGCCCCUGCAUCCUUCAAGGCUCCUACGAAGGCCUGGAACUCAAGUCCACUCGCUACCUUCAGACCCAGACCAGUGUUUACAAGGCUAGCCGCAUGGAGACAACCGUGUCUACUGUUCUCCAGGUUGGGGACGACAUGGAGCAGCCCAAGGUCAAGGCAACAGCAGGUCAAGGGCCUGGUGGGGCUGGAGUCGGUGCCAGGCCACAUAGCUCCUCCCUGGACCUGACCUCGAAUGGGUCAUCAUCCCGGAGCGUCUCCAAAACAGUAUCAGAGACGUCCAGUUUCUACUCCAGUAACAACCUGCAGGAAUAG